AUGUCGUUGGGCGCGAUCGACUCGUCGGAACGGAGCGGCGAGUUGGAGGUGCCCGACCCCCAUGCGGGCGAGUGGGACUCGGAGAUGGGAACGAUGAGGAAGACGUGGCUUUUCUUCUUGCUUCAGUGGACCUGCCCAAGCCCUAAGCCGGAGAUGUGCCAAGACCUUCUCAGCACCGAGGAGCAGGAUGGUCACUACGUGCAAACGCUGACUGAGAAGCUCCCCAGCCUUUUCGGCGCUAAGGUCGCGGAUGAGGAGAUACCCUCUCGUGACCAGGGCCGUCAGCAGGACCUCACCGGCACGGAGUCCUGGAGCACCGUCGACGCUGUCGGCUUACGCGCCGGCGCCGACCUCGCUUCCGCGCCCUCCGAAUCGACGGAGGAGUCGGAUCCUUCCGACCUCUCGAGCACCUCGAACCCAGGCAGCGUCGGCCACCCCGAGUUGUGCCGGCGACCGUGCAUCUACUUCGCUGCCGGGCAGUGCCGCAACAGCGCUGACUGCAACUUCUGCCAUUUGUCGCACACCCACCGAUCCGCAACCCUCGACAAGAACCAGCGCCAGUUGAUCAAGGAGCUGAACAAACACGAGUUCUUGAGCGUGCUUUUGCGUUGCCUUCGAAAUAAGGCAGCUCAAGGCAGUUUCCAAGACGAGGCCCAGGCAGUCUUGCAACUCUUCGAGGAGCGUCUCAGCCAGGAGCGUGAGGAGGUCUCCCAGGCGGCAGCUAAGAUCAACAACUUCGAGAAGGCCUUGAACCGGAUGACUUUCUUCAGUGUCGCCAGCCUCAUCACUCGCGCGCACUUCGAGCAGGACUUCCUGGAUCGCUGUAAAGCGGCGGUGGGUCAGUUGCGCGCGCACUUCGACUGA